CUUCGGCUUCCACCUUGGUCGCCAUUUUGUGCAGGAGGUUAUGGAACCUCUGUGUCAGGCCGACUCUAUGGUCGAGCAUUUCAGGGCUUGGCCAAUCGUAAACCACAUCUCGGAGUAAGCCCCGGCUUUACCCGCAUGGAGGCGGGAAUUGCCACGAAGCUCCUGUGGAGAGAGAGGAAGAAGCUGCAUAAAACCAAUAAGCAGGGAGGAGUUGGUGACGUAAACCAAUGGGGGCCCGGAGGGAUUGCGGCCAAUGAGAGUGGAAGGACCCCAGGACACGUGUGUCGGGGAGCUGAGCGCUGAGACCCAGAGCUAAAGCUGAGAGACUGAAAAUAUGCAGACCACCGGGGCAUUACUCAUUCCUCCAGCUCUGUUCCGCUAUAAUACCAGGGGUCUAAUCAGGCCCAUGUCUGCCUCGUUCCUGAGUAGGUCAGAGAUCCCAUCUAAACAGCCUUCCUAUAGCAGCUCUCCACUCCAGCUGGCCAGACGGGAGUUCCAGACCAGUGUUGUCUCCCGGGACAUUGACACAGCGGCCAAGUUUAUUGGUGCUGGAGCUGCCACAGUUGGUGUGGCUGGUUCAGGGGCUGGCAUUGGGACAGUGUUUGGCAGUUUGAUCAUUGGCUAUGCCAGCAUGACCUCACCCCAUCUCCUCCCUGGGCUGGCAUCGAUCUCUGUCCCUGGCAGGAACCCGUCUCUCAAGCAGCAGCUCUUCUCCUAUGCCAUUCUGGGCUUUGCCCUGUCUGAGGCCAUGGGGCUCUUCUGUUUGAUGGUCGCCUUCCUCAUCCUCUUCGCCAUGUGAGGCUCCGUGGGGGUCACCUACCUGUCCCUGCUGCUUCGACUCCAGGCCGUGCGCCGUGCUGGAGUGUGCUAACCUUUACAAUUAAACACAUUGUUUCUCUAAAUCCAUAUGCCUGUGCCUCUGUCCUUUGCCCUUGGGGAGGGCCUUGGUGAAAAGGAAGGGAGAGGGAAUUGGGUCAGCCAGUGGUCAUUAGGAACUGCUCAGGACUGAGCAGUAACACUGCCAUAGCUGUAAGAGCAUAUGGGUUCCCUCCAUCUCCCGGGAGAAGCAUGGGUUUGUCCCAGUAAUGAUAACUGGUGCUUUCUCCCCAUCAAAUUUAAUGUUAAUUUGUAGCAUUUUGACGGAGCUUAAUUUGCACCAAGCUCCGUACCAAGUGUUUUACAUUUGUUAUCUCCACAACCCUGUGAAUUAGAAGUACAGCUAUUACACCUGUUUGCCAAAGAGAGAACCAGGGCUUAGGGAAGCAAAAUAACUUGUCCAAGGUCACAGCUGGUCAGUGGCAGAAUUGGGGAUAGCCCUCCAGCCA